AUGGGUUGGGGAGCACAACAUGUACAACAACAACAAACACAACAACAACAACAAAAGCAGCAGCAACAUCAACAGCAGGCUCAGCAACAGCUUCAUCAACAUCAGCAGCAAAUGAAACAGAAGUCGUCUUCGUCGUCCACCAACACUUCUUCAGCACAGUUUCCGCAAAAACAACAACAUCAUCACCAAAACGCAGCUGCGGUCGCAGCAGUAGCAGCGGCAGCUAUGCAUGCUCCUCUCGGUACGCAUGCAGCACCUUUAGCACCACCGCCACCACACCCUCAUACACACCCGCAUGCGCUUGAUAUGUUGUACUCCCAGAACCGCCAACAACAGCAACAACAACAAAUACACCACUAUCACCAACACGCUCAGCAGCAGCAGCAGCAUUACCAACAAAGUAGCUCCGGCAUUCCGAGUAGUAGCAACAGCAGCACUGGCAGUCACGGACACGGUCUCAGUUCAAAAAGCAUUGGCAGCAGCUCGACGUCAUCCAAAAGCAGCACCGGCAGUGCUUCAAAUGGCAACACUAGCAACAGCGCGUCACGUCAUAUUGCGACCUCUACCACCACUGCUGCACAACAGUUAGUCGCUGCCGCUGCAGCCGAAAGCGCAGCCGCUUAUAACUUUUUGUGUGGCUCCGCAGCAGCGGCUGCCGCAGCCGCCGCCACUAUGCUUAGCCCACCGCUGAGUGCAAACACUACACUAACCGCGGUGAAUCCAUUCGCAAACCCUUUUGAUUGGUUAGGCGCAGGCAGUGCUACAGCGGUCACUGCACAUGCGGAUAAGCAAGCUCGAGCGGCUGCAGCAGAGAAGCAAUUGCGCGCGGCUGACGCUAGUCGUUUUAAUCGUGCGGCUCAACAACAACAUCAGCAGCAGCAUCAACACAACAGUGCGUCAGCUGCAACGCCAUCAUCUUCUUCGGCAGCAGCAGCGGCUGCAGCAGCUGCUAAUGAUUUCAUGUCGCUCUUCAGUGCCGCGGCAGCAGCGGCUGCAGCUGGUGAACAUGCGACCACGCAUCGCAGCUCCUCGAAUACUUCGGCAGGUUCGGUUGCAAGUUCAACUUCAUCAACAGCGGCAGCGGCCUCAUCGGCUGCUUUGGCUGUAGCACAUGCCUCAUCAUUAUUCUCGCCACCAUCAGCCGCAUCAGCCAAUGCAUAUCACUUGCAACCGCCCAGCGCUGCAGUAGCGGCGGCUGCUGCAGCCGCUGCAGCGGCAGGCACACAUGGACUGCCCUCGCCGACUAUAUACCCGCCUACGCCGCCACCGUCGACGCCCUGGAUACAUCCGUGGUACGCGGGUGGUGAGACUUUUUGAAGUUGACGCGGGCGCGCGAUAUAAAUCACAACAAAUAGUGACGCAGGUGUGGGGUAAAAGAAAUAGCGAGGUAAAAUUGCAGAAACUAUAAGUGCAAGCGUUGUGGUCUGCUAAAUUUAUUUCUUCUUGUUCAGAAUUGAUGUUAAUUGCUGUUUCAUAAGUUGUAUAUCAUGUUGUGUAUUGUACAUUUUUAAUUGCAGAACAAUCGAAUAUAUUCGCUUCAUAUUGAAAGUGAUAUUCCAGAAUUUUGUUUAUUUUUUUAUAAAAUUCUUUAUUUGAUAUUUAAAUUGGACUGCAUGAAAAAAUUAUACUUUUGAGUUAAGUUAUUUUUCUUUAAGUUUGAGUUAGGAAAGAAAAAAUGAGUGUACAUCUCCCCAGAAACCUUAAAUAAAAAUGGAAGAAAAAAAUGUCAAGAACAAAUUAACAAAAGAACUGAAUGUAAAUUUAGUAAAAAAAAACAAAAACAUUUCACGUAUUUAUAAUCCAAAAGGUACUUACGAAUUAUUUCUCUACUGUAAACGUGUUUAUGGAUAAUUGGAAAAUUAAUCACUUAACGGUUUUGAGAAAAGCGUUGAAAACUCCAACAUUUGUUUAAAUCCUUAAAGUUAUACUAAUAGCUGCGUAAGUUUGACUGUAUAAGUAGAGUAUAGCAAUAAAAUAAAAAAUAUAGGCUACAACCUUAGAUGUCAAGUUUCUUUAGUAUUUAAGCAUUAUAAGAAAAAUACUAGAAUAUUACACCAAAUCAAGUGAGAAAUAAAAUUUCGUUAGAUUCAUAGGAAAACGAGGAAAUAUUAGCCAUGUCAGGUACACUUUUGCUCUACUGAAACUACUUUUUAAUCGAAACUUGAAACUAAAUACACACAAAAAAAUCUUAAAAAUGUUACUUAAAACUAGUAUGGAAUUUUAAGUGGCUUUGUACGUAUUGACUGAAGAUCGCAGAAAAUUUAAAACAUACUUUCCGAAAUGAUUAUAUUUAGUUCUUGGACUAGCUUAACUUGAAGUCUGCCUAAUAUUCGAAAAUGUUGAUUUGACCGAAAGGCUACAGAAAGAGAUUUUUACCAAAUACUCGUAAGUCAAACGUUCUUCGAGCGAAAGUUACUCCACAAAAAAAUCGCCGCUUGAAUGAAAUGUGCAUAAUCCGUUUUAUGGAUUAAAUAUAUAAGUUUACAAUAUGUUAAUUUGUUAUAAUUAAAGUAAUUAUUAAAACAUACUUACAAAUUACACCUGAAAGUAUUUGUCGCCCCUAUAAUCUGUAAGUUUUGCUUUUAAUUAUUAAUAAAAAGUUGUGCAUUAUA